CUAUCUUUUGCAGAAAAACAAUAAUAAUUGCAGUUAUCGCUUAUUAAGUACCAAAAUGAUUCCAAAAAAGACGACGGUGAAGGAUUCACAUAUUGUGAAGAUCGCCGUGGAGCGGGAGAACCAUAUGGCGCAGCUGAUAAAUCUGGAUCAGAGGCAUCCCCUGGCAAGCAAAAUCCAGGACAUAUGCAAUGGUUGGGCCAUCAGUGAUCACCAAAACUACGCCCUUCAGUUCUGCGAGUCCAACAACCAAAAGUACGUGACCGAGAAGAAUCGCAAUGAGAUCAAAAACGGCUCUGUACUCCGACUGCAGUAUUCGCCCUCCAAGACGGCCAGCGAUGCCAUGGAGAUCCUGCUGAACGGCAGUCCGCAGGAAAAAGCGUUUCGCCUCAAGGAGCUCACCUCGCUCAGCACCGAUCACACCUUUGCCCUGGAGUUCAUCAAGGAAAAGGGUCUCGACACACUCAUCAAGAUGAUCGAGGACGGCGGCCAGACCAACGAGGAUAUACUCAAGUACAGCCUGGCCAGCUUCGUGGAGCUGAUGGAGCACGGCACGGUGUCCUGGGAAGUGCCGGAGAACUCCUUCGUGGCCCGCAACAUUGAGAUUGUGAGGAAUUUCCAAAAGUAUCCAACGAAUUGUGGGGAGAGUGCCCUUUCCAACCUGGAGAACAUUGUCAUGUGCAGCAAUAAACAUGUGCUAGUAGCAGAGGACAUCAAACUGCAGGACAUCCUGCGCCUCCUGCAGGAGGUCAAUUCGCCGGUGAUGCGUCAGAAUGCCAUCGCCCUACUGAACGCUCUGUUCGUCAAGGCAGACGAAGCGCGACGCCGGACCAUCGCCCACACCAUCAGCGCCAAGCAGUUCCGACUGGCGCUCAUUGGCAACGGACUGGGCACCGAGAUGACCCACCAGCUCUACGUGCUGCAAACGCUGACGCUUGGCCUUCUGGAGAAGCGGAUGCGCAUGAAAAUGAACGCCCAGGAUCAGGAUGCCCACGAGAAGAUCAAGGAGCUGCGCCGCAUCGCUUUCGACGAUCAUACCAACGCCUUGAACCAGAGCGAUGAUCACAUUCGACGUGGCGGUGGCUCAGGAGCGGGCAACGUAAACUUUUCGCAGUACUACAAAAAGCUGGGCUUCAAAUGCGACAUUAAUCCUGCCCAGGAUUUCAUUGAGACUCCACCGGGCAUACUGGCGCUGGAUUGCAUGGUUUACUUUGCCCGAAACUACACCCAACAGUAUGCAAAGAUUGUGCGCGAGAACUCCUGCCGUGCGGAUGAGCACGAGUGUCCCUUCGGACGCACCUCCAUUGAGCUGGUGAAGGUCCUGUGCGACAUCCUGCGCAUUGGCGAGCCGCCAGCCGAGCAGUCCGGUGACUUCCAGCCCAUGUUCUUCACCCACGACUCGCCGUUCGAGGAAUUCUUUUGCAUAUGCGUCAUCACACUGAAUCGCACGUGGAAGGAUAUGCGCGCCACUGCCGAGGACUUUACCACAACCUUCAGCGUGGUGCGAGAGCAGAUCCAACGCACUCUAAAAUGCAGGCCGGAAAAUCUUGAAGAUUUUCGCAACAAGAUCGCUUUGCUGACCUAUCAGCAGAUCACAACGCUACGUCAGCAGGAGCGCACUUCGAAGGAGGAGUGCGACUCCACUGCCUCGGCGAUUGUGAAGCUGAAGGAGAAGAUAUCGCCACAUAUUUUAGAGCUGAUUAAGCAGCAGCGGCUUUCUUUUCUGGUGGAAGGUACCCAUUUCGCCAAAUAUUUGCGAGGAACACGAACUAAGGACAAAUUCUGGUACGCUCGCCUUUCGCCCAACCACAAGGUGAUUCAUUACGGCGACUGCGAUGAGAAGACUAUACCCACCAUGGAGGAGCUGCCCAAAAAGCUGCCAAUCAGUGAGAUCAAGCAGUUGCUGGAGGGCAAGGAGUGUCCGCACAUGAAGGAAACUCGCAUUAGGAAAUCCGCCGUAAAUCUGGCCUUUUCCAUAACGUUCGAGAACAUGGAGCACUCCACGCUGGACUUUGUGGCGCCCGACGAGAGUAUAUUCAACUACUGGACGGACGGAAUAAACGCGCUGUUGGGUCAGCCGAUGGUCAGCAAACAAAAGAACGAGGACUUCGACACCCUGUUGUCCAUGGAGAUCAAGCUGCGGCUGCUGGACACCGAGGGCGUGGACAUCAGCAAGGAUCCGCCGCCGAUACCAGAGGAUCCCGAGAACUACGACUUUUGCUUCGAGAGUUAAGCAUUACG